AUGGAGAAAGAAGGAUUUGGUGACGACUUCCUUUGUGAGGUCUUCGAUUUUCUAGCAAAAAAUGAGCUUGAGGCCAAAGCUUUCUUGGCUAAAAAACAAAGAAUAGAAAAUUUUGGCUUCAAAAGUUUACCCAAGGUUAAGAUUAACAGUGUGAGGUUUCUUUGGAAAUCAAUACCUGCUACAAUCAAGGAGAGCCAAUCGGAGUUGGUUGCGGCCUGGAAAAUAGGUCAAACGCUCUGGACAAGGGACUAUGCUGGUGUCUACGAGGCUAUUCGCGGUUUCGAUUGGACUCAACAAACACGAGUUCUUGUUGCUGCUUUCUCAGAGCUAUACACUAAGAGGAUGUUUGAGCUUCUGCAAUCUGCUUAUUCAACUAUAAGCAUCCAAGAUGCGGCUCAGUUUCUUGGAAUGAGUGAGGAAGACGCCGCAAAUUAUGUACUCCGGCAAGGAUGGACAGUCGAUCCUACGUCACCAAUGCUAACUGUGACGAAACAAGCUAUCGUGAAAGAGCAGAAAUUAGACUCUGGCAAAUUGCAGCGACUGACAGAAUACGUCUUCCACCUUGAACACUAA